ACCUCGUUUCGUUUCAUUUUCCUUAAUUUCCUUGUGUAUGGUAUUUCUUCUGUUAUAUUAACAUUUAGCCAUUUACUCGUGGUAUUUGUAGAUCUAAAAAAAUGCACGAUGGUGUUCAUCUGCAUAAUUUGCAUGAUCAAACAACCGCCUUUGACACCUCUGAGCGCCGAACACAGGCAGUUACUCGAACUUAUUGUAUCUCCAGUAACAAAUACGACAGAGCUAAAAGGCUACCAAUGGCUGCAGUGCAGCGAUUGCGAGUUGUUGAUGCGGGCAGUUCACAAUCUUCAGCAAAGGGCGUUCAACGGUGUGAAGGCUUUUAAAUAUUUGCUGAGUAAACACAACAAACUAGCGACUACACAAAGUUAUGCACACACUACAUUUGCAACACCGGUUCUAGAAGCAAAACCGGAGCCAGUCACAAUCAAAAUUGAACCAGGAAUUGACCCCACAACCAAUCUGGAGGGCUCUUUGGCACCUGAAGAGAGAAACUUUCUGCACAAAGAAGUAAAUAUCAAAAUUGAGACAGAUGACUCCCAAAGAGAUUCUACCAUGAGUUGUGAUGCUGACAGCCAUCAGGAUCCGGAUACAACCCGCCUGGGCAUGAAAGAGUCUACCGAUCCAUUAAGAGAAUCUACAUCACUGUCACAAAAUAUAUUAAGACCGAUUAAAGUUAUUUCUGUACCUGUAUCGCAAAAUGUAAUAAAGAAAGUACCGGUUAUUCCACAAAAUGUAAUAAAGAAACUACCGGUUAUUUCACAAAAUGCUUCAAAUAGUCAAGUUAGAGUGUUUUCGAAAAAGCCGGAACCAAAACCACAAAUAAAAAAAGUUGUAAUAAUAGUACCACCAAAGAAUGUAGGGUCAGCAAAAGUUCCACCGUCAGCAAAAGUGGCCACAAUAACGCGUCCGAUAUCAAAGGGAAUGAUAGCGGAAAAUGCAGCUAAAGUGCCGAAACGAGAUAGUUUUGAGGCAGGGGCGGGUGGAUUUGAAUUAUUCCCUGGGUUUGCGCGCGCUCUUGAUUAGUACAAGUUGGAGAGAGAACGGGCUAAAAAGAAGAAGUAUAAGAGGAAGGCGGGACCGCGCGUGUCCUGCCCACACUGCCACAAGUCCUUGAAGGAUAAACACGGCCUUAAAUUACAUAUAUCUAUGAUCCACGGUGAAGCCAAGCCUGUCGCAUGC